UACACUUUCUUGGAGAGGAGCAUUUCAGGAUCAAGAAUCAUGCAUUACUUCCUGCUGGGAUCUUCAGUCAUGGCGCUGAUUUACCUCUCAGCUGAAGAAAAUAUCCACGUGUUCCAGAAGCCAAGAUUUGUUGGCGUUAAGACGGGUCGGACUGUGAUUAUAUACUGUGUGCCGUCGAAUCCGUCUUUGUCUGCUCAUGUAGAGUGGUUCAAAGACCAGGCUUACAAAGACCAGCUCAAGAACAGCCAAAGAAUAUCGAUAAUGGAGAAGAGUGAUAAAAUAAAUGCCUCCAUUGCCAUAAAGAAAGUGGAGACCAAGGACAGCGGCACUUAUUUUUGCAAGCUGAGCAGCACGCUUGGACCGGGAACUGAGCUACAAGUGUCCAGAUACACUGAACCCCAGACUAUAUUGAUGAGAUCGAGAGUCAAGGAUGUUUUCAUUUUCCUUCAGGCUUUACUGUUGAUUUUGUGCAUCGUCGUUCCUCUGGUUCAGUUUUACAGACUGGAGAAGAAAGAAGAUGCAGUUUAUGAAGAGCCUGAGGAUGAUCACAUAUAUGAGGGGUUGGCGAUUGAGCAGUGUGGCGGUGCGGAUCUGUAUGAGGACAUCACUGCUUUAGCCCGGGACACAGAUGCAGCGUGGGAAGUCGAGUCCCCAGACCAAGAGUGAGAAAAACACAUCCAUCAGAUUAUUGAUCUGCAUAUCAACACCAGACACAAAUGUUUGCAGUUACAUCCAAUCCACUGUCAGUUUGUGCUGGAAAAGUCACAUGUAGGCAGACUGACGUCACUGUGUGUGAAUACAGUAAUUGCUUAUAAAGCAAAUUUUUUUAUUUGGAAAGCACGAAAUUAUUAUGACA